AUGGGUAGUGGUGAUCAAAAAGAAACCUUCUUAGGAGCGCUGAAUACUUUGCUAGAGACGAGCUCAGCUCACGGCUUGCCAAACAUCCAUCGCUCAAAGAGUUUCCUCUCAAAGGCAGCGUGGACUCUGCUCUUUUUUGCUGGCGUCACGGCGCUCACAAUUCAGGUGAUAUCUCUGGUCACGACCUAUCUGAAAUUCGAAUACACUGUCAGCUUGGACGUCAGGUUCGAUCGCUCCCUGAAUUUCCCAGCGGUCACGGUCUGCAACAUCAAUCCGGUGCGCAAGUCCAAGUUGGAGCGGGCCAGCGACGGGUUUCGGGAGUUGUUCGACGUGAAUUUCGCCCCUCCUCGGCCAGAGGAUCAAACCGGCGCUGUCAAUCCAGGGGACAACACAGAUAUGAGUCCCGGGUCUACAGCCGGGGGGACUAUGAAGCAAGCAGGGCAGCCGCUAACCACGCAAGGUUUGGCCGGUGCCGGCAUGGGGCAGGGCAAAGGCCAAGGCGGUUCAGGGAUGCCUACCGCAGGAGCUACGAUGCCGAUAGCUAUACCCACUGGUAUCACGACAGAGGGCCCAGAAACUACAGCUGGCAUUGAAUAUUCGAAUUCAACUUCGAGUGUGAAUAACGGGACAACAGAGGCCACAAUCUUGGCAUGGGAGGAACGGCAGACCGGAGACUUCUUCAAGAAGCGAGAUGACGACUACCUGAAAGAACAGCGGCUGAUUUCCCACCUCGCUAACCUGACCGAGACUCAGCGCAUGGACAUGGGCCACUUGCUGGAAGACAUGCUCUUGGAUUGCCAAUGGCAGGGCUACCCGUGUUCCCCCGCAAAUUUUACCUCUUUCUACCACUACAAGUUCGGCAACUGCUACACUUUCAACUCCUUCAGGUUUGGUGAAUCCCUGAAAACCAGUCGCCCAGGGCCUUUGUAUGGACUGACGUUGGAGCUUUUCCUUGAGCAGGAAGAGUUCAUGCCCGAGAUAACCGAGGCAGCCGGCUUCAGGCUCGUGGUUCACGACCGCGACACUAUGCCCUUCCCGGAGGACGAUGGCAUUUCCAUCUCACCGGGCUCGAAGACUGCCAUCACCGCCCGCGUGGUGACUAUCGAACGCCUUGGUAACCCCUAUGGAAACUGCACGAAGAAGCAUGAUGAACCGGACGACGGCAACAUCUUCAGGGAUCGCUAUGGAGUCUCGUACAGUCUGAAGGCUUGUGAGCGUAGCUGCUACCAGAAGGAAGUUAUCAGUCAGUGCGGCUGUUUCGAUCCACAUUACCCGAACACGUUGAACGACACCGUCUACCCUUGUGACAUCGAUAACGAUGAAGCUCAGUCCUGUAUGUCUGACUUGGAAGAGAAGUACAAGCAAGGAACCCUAACGUGCUACUGUUUUCAGCAGUGCAACGAGACAACCUACCAUACAGCAGCAAGUUCCUCCAUCUGGCCUUCUGAUCAGUUCCAGGACAAACUGUUUCGUGACAUCAAGGAUCGGAACAAUGAAGUUCGGGAAAAGCUUAAACACUUACCGUCACCCAAGGACUGGGUCAUUAAAAACGUGGCUAAGAUUGAGGUCUACUUCCAAGAAUUCAACUUUGAGUACAUCAAACAGUCCCCGGCCCACACGAUACCAAGUCUGAUGAGCGACAUCGGCGGUCAGCUGGGACUGUGGCUGGGACUGUCCAUACUGACUGUCUUUGAGCUGUUCGAGCAUUGCGGAACGUUCCUCGCUGUCAUUGUCAGCAAGCUGUGCAGAGAAGGCGGGAACCUUAAGAGCAGCAGCUCUAAGGUGCAGAAAAUUAAGAUCUUCCCCACGGAGGAUCCUGGAAUUACCUUGCAGAAUUACUAAGACGUCGAUGCGUCAACUUGCGGUUGAUAGACUGUGACAGAUGUGUAAAUAUGAGCGACUCGACAAUUCUAUUGAAUUGCGACAACGUUUUUCUCAGAUUGCCAUAAAAACGAGUAUGUCUAUAAGCCUUUACAUUUUACCUCUCCAAUAAUUGGUUUUUGCUUGUAACUUCGAGGAUCCUUUCGUUUUACGGUAUUAAUUCAAUUUGUGUUCAGUUUCUCGAGAUUUUCAUUGCAAACGUUCGAUAUGCUGUUCAUUCGUCAUUUGACAUCUAACUGCCCCCCUGUAUUAACGAUAAAAACAGUUGAACACAUGCGUAUUACUUCACCAACAACAAAAAGAGCAAUCCGCUCACGGAAUCCCGUUUUGAUCAUGGACAUGUAAAUACAAAUUAUGCGAAUGUGUACAUAUUCUUGACACUUCUUAAUACGGUCGCUUAUCUCCUCCAUAGUUGGGGCGUAUAAUGCCGUAAAAUUAGGGAUGUAAACUUAGAGUGUUUAACGCCGUAAUUACAAAAAAAAAUUAUUCUUUGCGGAGAUCAGCCAAAGUAGGUUAAAUUGUAAAGGACUCCACACACCACAAUAUGAGUUCACGCUCCUGCGAGAUCGAGGAAUGAACAAUUCCUUCCAAAUCUCACUCAGACGCAAGCUGGUAUUCUCUUUGCCCACCUAAACCUGUCUUUUCGACAAAUC